GUUGUUCGUUAUUGGGUAUAUGUUCAGUGUCGGGGGCGAUGCGAAGACAGCUGAAGGACGAUGUAGCAAACUGUCACAGAGAAGAAAGGAUUAUCUAAUUGGAAAUUUAACGACUGGAGAUUUUGGAUUACAUUGGUCGUUUUGGUUAUUACCUCCAAUUCAACGGGUUGCUAAACAACACAUUCCACCUGCUCACGUUUCUCUGGCAAAAAGGUCAAGACAUUCGUUUCUUUAUGGAGAAUUUGGACGGAGAUGUCCGAAACGAAACAGACCAGGAGUAAAUUUGUGUCCAGUUCAUUACGUAAUGCAAAACGAUAAAAACAGAAUUCCUGAGAAUAUCGUGCAUGUACGGUGCAACUGUAAACACUGUUUCCAUAACGAUUCAUCCACCUUGAUCGGGAAAUGUGAGAAAGCGUACGCAUAUACACCGGUUUGGAGAAGAAAUGAAACAAAAUGCGAAUAUGUGAAAAUCAUGGAAAGCGUGGCGGUUGCGUGCACAUGUAACAUUAGAAAUAAACGAGUUUGGCCGGCAAAUUCUAAUGGAAUUUAUUUGCAACAUGUUUCAUAAUGUGAAAACUUUUAAAAUAUCUUCUGAAAUUGUACUAGAAAAAAAAAAUCUGGUGAAAAUGAUGAUUUAGGUUCUAACAAGUAAAGAAUUGUUUCUUUAUAAAUAUUAUACGCAUCAAAUGGCUCAUUAAGUUCCUAUUCAAAUAUUCAGUAAAAAUGUACAAUCUUCUAGAAAACUCAGUUGGUAGUUGGUGAAUAAAAUCUUGCA